AUAUUAACAAUAUAAAAGUAACCUGAAAUUCUCUCUAAAGAUUUUGUGGAUAAAAAAUACGGAACUUUCAAGGUAUAUUUCUAACAUAUACUUACGAUUUCCGUUUACAAAAAAAAAUAUCUCACUUUUGAGCCUUUUUAUCUCACUCAGCAACGUUCAUUAAAUCCAUUUUUAUUGUUAUCUCCGGAACAAACAAAAAAAUGGGCAACUUCAUUAAGUCUCAUAAACUCUCUCCCCUUCCACUAGAAGACCCUUGGCCUUUCUCCUCUGUUUUCUAAACUAAUUUAUCUCCGAAAAAAAAAAAUUCUGAUCUUUCUUCAUCGUUUUCUAAGCUAUGGGUUCUGGAGAAAAAAACAUUAAGAGCUUCCAUUCAAAUCGUUCUAAGAACAAUAGCAAACAAGGGAUGAAAGAUGUCCCAAAAGCUCUUAAAGGAAGCAGAGGAAGAGUAUGGAUUCGAGCAGAAAGGUACCAUCACAAUCCCUUGCCACGUAGAGGUUUUCCAGUAUGUUCAAGACAUGAUCCAUAGAGAGAGGUCGGUUACUUAUCAGAGUAAUCAUCAUCAUAAUCAUAGUCACAGCCAUAAUCAUCUUGUUGGAUGUUUUAGAGCUUGAUGAAUGAUGAUGGUAUAUGAGCAUGAUCAUGAUUCAUGACGAUAUGCAAGCAAAGCAAUAGGAGUACAAAAGAUUGUCUUUGUUUUUAAGUUUUACCUUUCAGCUUUAAUUUCUUUUUAAGUUUCCUUUUGCUUUCAUGGGUUUGAUGUUGUGGAGUUGUGGAGCCAAACACGGCCUAACCCACAAGAUUAGGAGUAGAAGCGGUGUUUGGAAAUAAGAAUAUUAAAAAAAAAGUGUCAAGUUAAUUGUUCGAUUUAGAAAUUUCCAGUGCUAUAUGUUUAUGAUUUUAUCUGAUUGAUGAUGACGAUGGUGAAGAUGAUUAUAGCUAGCGAUGACGAACAAGUUUUGGCAAUUUGCGUUUGAUAUUUUGUUAGGAGACGUAUAAGUUUGAAAAGUGGA